UGACGAUGACGAUUGAUUUCCUGCGGGCUAGGCUAUUAGCUGAACGCUCCGCUUCGAAGGCCGCUAAACAACGUAUUCAAGAGCUUGGAACGAAGGUGAUGGAGUUGGAAGAGAAGUUGGAGCAGGUCAUUGAAGACAAGAAAAAGGCUGAGAAGUGUGCGGAAGAAGCACUUCUAAAACUAUUGACUGGUAAUUUUUCACAGGUCGCCGAUUGCACAGCAAGAGCGGCGCAAAGUAUAGCGUCCCUCAGCCCACCUGAAGGAUUGCACGUUGCUUCAGGCUUGGCAUCUGGUGGUGAGGAAAUAAAGGAGGAGUUGCAGCGCGUUGAGAGCAGUGUCGGAGAUUUCUCUAGAACUAAUUCCAUUGGAAGUUCUUUAGAGAGCAAAGACUCUGGGGAUUCGAGAAGGAAAUCGCCACAAGUCCGAAGUGAAGAUAGGAGUGAUGUGGAUGGAAAUGGCGAUGUUUGGGUGACGCCUAAGCACAUAUUUGUAUCGGAAGGGGAGUCGCCCAAAAAGCUGGAUAACAGAGCCGCAAUCGAAAAUCGGUUACGUAAAAUGUGGUGUCAACUUAGUGCGGAUAUGUCUACUCUUGCGAAAGAUAGCAAUAAAGAAGAGUUUGCCCAGGAACAGCUGAUGAAUUGGAUGGAUCAAGUACCGGCUGUUCUUCAGGAUAGAUCUCCUCAUAAGCCUGUGGAGCAGACACAAGGAAACGGUGGACAACAGAAGGCUAUGUAUCCACGAGAGUCCCAUUUUGAACUAUCACCUCCUGAAGGUUUACGAGGCAAAGUUACUGUUCAGGCAGAUGCCAAAAGUAUGCAACGAGAAUGGGACAGAAACUGCUACGAGUCGGAACAAAGGAUGGGGCAAUCGAACCAGCGCGACUACCCACGUUCAGACUAUAACAAUGGACCUCAUGAUUUAGCUGAUGACUUCGUGACGCCGCACCAUGGGGUUUAUCGCAGCAAAAGCUCCACUGACUGCAGUCAUCCUCACAUGCCCAAGAGCGAUGCCCGAAAAGGAUUCUAUUCGGAUUCUGACUUAUGGGGUGUAGAUCUGCAUGGUAGGGACACCAGUAUGGAUAGUCAGCAUAAUGAGGGCAAUAUCGAGCACCGGCAGGGAUUGGCCUAUCCUGCGGUGGUGGAGCAUCCUCUGCGGCAAGUAGAGCGUUCAGCUGCAGUACCCAGGAUGGAUGGAUCAGAUAGCCGGGUGUGGUCUGAGAAACAAUUGCAGCCUGAGUAUCAGGAUACAUAUUUCCAGCAGACAGGAGCCCAAUGUGUCAGACGUCAGAUUGGAUAUCCUCCAACGUACUGUGAAAGAGAUUUUCAAGGUAGACCUUAUGCUCAUGCAAGUUUGAAUCAAUCAGCACAGGAUGGAUACAGAAACUCCCAAAUCGACAAUGGAGGUGCGCAUCCGAUGUUGGAUAUCCGAGAUGGCAACCACAGACAAAGAGAUAGCAACCAUCCCUACAGAAGCUACCAUCAAUCAGAAAGGAAUCACAGACAUGGCCAUCGUCGGUCCCAUUCUGCUGAUAGUAGCAACUGGCCAGCUGAAGAAGACUACAGAGUAGCAGAUGUGCCCCAACAACAGAGGAACUUGAGCGGGGUGAUUCACCCAUCUCAUCCUGUCCAUCCUGGAAGGAAGAACUACAACUUCUAUGACCGUGACCAUCACCCAUCGUAUGAAGACGACUUGAUAAUCAGACACGAGCCUGGGCAUCGGCAAGACAAGAAUCUUGAUAUAAAAACCCAUGGGUUCGAGCAGCCUCUGCCACAUGAGGCCACUCAAAACAGGCCUGUCGACACACCCGAGCCCAAACUUUUCCUUGGAUAUGGACCUGCUUACGACGCCCCAAAGGACUAUUCACCAAAUUCGCAGCAGAGUCGAGUGAGCAACAAGUCCAAUGUAACUGACGUGUUGCUUCGGUUGCAGAAGGCGAAGGCCAGCAUUCAGAAGUCGGGUUCAGAUCGAGCCAGAUCUAGCACCGACUUCUCGAAGCCUGAACACUGCAUGGAUCACCGAGUACACAGUACACGAUGCUAGAACGCUUCAGAAAUGUGGAGCGUCAUCAUUUGGGGGGGGGGGGAGUCUGGCAGGAUAAGACCCUCCCAUUCCUUGAGUAUCUUUAAAUUACACCUUCCCCCCGCCAUAGACCUACGUGGGGACCAAUUAUCAAGUCAUUCAUUGCCAGAUAUGAUGAAAUCGGGCGGGCAGCAACCAACGCAUGGAAAACUGCGGAGUCUUAUGCACAGCAGUUCAUGAUAGGAGUUUGCCCACUGUUGCAGGGGAUACAUAUAUUAGCCAUUCAAGAGUCUCUGCUUUACUACUUUCGACUGUAUUGUACAUCAAUUUUUUUAAGUGAUUGAAUUAUUUUUUAAGGGUAAUCCUCCAAUGAAGCGAGACACUAGAACAGCA